ACAUACAUGCGGUCUGCUUGGUGAGUUGGGCCGUAAGUGGUGUGUAGUGAGGAGGGCGGAGACAAUGUUGUAGCUUAUGAGCGACAGGGAGAACACUGGAGAGGACGGCCAGCUAUUGCGUUCACGUACACGUCCGAUCGCCCACUUGGCUUUAGGUCCAGAGGGCGACCGACAUCUGUUCCGCCAGCUUAGGGAGAGGCAGCAGCAGCAGAGGAGGGCUAGAGCAGCGGAGGCUAGCAGGGCGCUCGUAAGCGAAGUUGCAGCUUCGGAGGCAAUGGCUACCUCUGCACAACAGACCUCUCCGACAGGUAGUUCAGGAUCCGUAGGGUCAGCAAGCUCUGCUGGGUCAACAGGCUUUGUAGGGUCAACUGGCUCUAUAGGGUCAACGGUAGCGCAAGCUUUGAGUCAGUCCGUUGGCGUUAUGGCAAGCCAGCCAUUAGUGAUGACUCCUGAGGAGGUCGCCAUACAGCGAGCCGCUGAUCGCGAGGCACAGCUACAACAGGCUUUGAGAGAGAUUAAGGCAGAAAAAGAAAUGAUGAUUAGAAGAAGAGUCAGGAUGCAGCGAAGACAAGCGGACGUUAGUGAGUUAGAGAAGAUGGACCCUGAAGAGAUGGAUGAUGAUGUGAGGACCAUAUGGAAUCAGUUGGCAGGUGAGGCCAACAUCAAUGUUCACAACUUCCCCUCGUUUAGCAAGAAGGCCCUAGACCUUGAGGCGAAGAUAGGGCAUGGGCAGGCACCCACUACGGAUGGUAGAAAAAAGUCACUGCCUCCCAACUGGAAGGCGAAGGGGCGCAUAAUGUUUGUCGAUAACGAUGGUUCCACCAUCGAGUUAGACGACAACUUACAGGAGGGAGUAGGUUCAGAGGCUGGCAGCGUUGAAGCUUCAGGGGAUGGAGUUGUCGCUGCCGUAGCUCAAAAAGCAAAGGCGACCGGUAGACGUCGCGGAGGCUCCUGGUCAAGGAGUCAAGUUGACCCCAACGCUCCCCCAUGGGAGAAGGCGGGUCUCACAGAGGACGUGUGGAGAGAUCGGUAUACACGGCAGGCCUGUAUUCGUUGUGGUCAAUAUGGCCAUAACCAAUUCAAGUGCCGCAACAAGAAGGUGACCGAUAAGAUCCCGCCUACGAUGGGGCAGGCGUUGGGUCCCGUUGGUAACAAUGUUGCCAGCACUUCAGGCACUGCUCCAGGAAACACGUCGGGCCAGCCUGGUGAGAGUUUGUCCAUGGACUUCAUGGAUACGCUGGUUACCAGCAAGAGUGGGAUGAGACACAUUUUUGUCAUUGUGGAUAGAUUUAGUUAUGCUAGAUUAAUAGCCAUGCCAGAGACUGCGAAGAUCGAGUACGUAAUCAGAUUGUUCAAAGAGAACUGGGUCAGGGAUUCUGGAUUGCCCAAAUCCAUAGUGAGCGACAGAGAUGUCCGCUUCAAUAGCGAAUUGUGGAAGGCCGCUGCUGCAGAGCAGGGAACCCAGUUGCAGAUGACUUCUGGAAAUCACCCAGAGGCCAACGGUCAGGCCGAGCAAUUGAAUCGUGUUGUACAACACCUGUUGAGGCAUUACAUCAAGCCCAACCAGGUGGACUGGGAUGAGAAGCUUGCUCUCAUCGCCAAUCUGUACAACAACGCUGUACACAGCGCCACCGGGGUGAGCCCAAACAGUUUGCUAUUGACUUUCAAGCCUGGACUACCCUUAGACUUUCUCCUUCCUGAGAAUCAGUCAACUGCUGCACCUGGUACUUUAGAGUUUGCCUACAGGUAUGAACAGAAGAUGCAGCAGGCGGUAGAGCAGAUGCAGAAGGCACAAGCAGCAAUGAUAGAGUUUGAGAAUAGACACCGCCGACCUUCUACGUUUCAGGUUGGGGACAGAGUCUGGGUGAAGUCCUCAGAACUGGGACAGGAGUACGGGAUUUCCCGCAAACUCAUGCCACAAUACUUUUGGCCAUGGGAAGUCUUAGAUAUUGUCGGGUCUGAUCCGGAUGGGCCAUCUUAUGUAAUCCGGAUCCCUGGUCAUCUCCGUACUUACCCUGUCUUUCACGCCUCCAAGCUUGCACCUUUCAAAGAAACAGAUCAGUUUCCAUCUCGUCGUUCAAUGCUGCCCCCACCCAUGGAUGGAGAAGUGGAUAUCGAUGACAUCGUGGACCACAGAGAGCUGCCAGUUCCAAGACCAACAGGCAGGGGACGUCCUCCGAAACCGAAGCUGCAGAACCGCGUUUGGUUCCGACAUCAUAUUGAUCCUAAGGAGGACCGCUGGUUCACCCGGGAAGAACUUAUGCAGACCGCUCCUCAAGUUGUGGCUCAUUACGAGGAUUCUCUGCAGAAAGGAAAGCGCGCGAUGCUGCAACUACUCUCUGACUUGAGAGACAAACUAAUGACUUCACCAAGAGGAGUUAUGGGAAAACCUGCAGAGCUGGUCAAGCAGCUGGAGGAGAAGGAUGUGCACAUCCGCUAUCUGGAAGGACUCAGGCAGCAAUGUGAAAGGCAACAUUUAGCCCAACUUGAGAAAGCGAACAAGGAUUUGGCAUUGAUGGAGCAGAAACUCAGGAGAGAAAGCCAAUUAAGGUGUGAGGCUAAUCUGAAGCUUGCAGCUCUGACUGCUGGCCAGGAGCCUCCUUCCAAGGUUAACGAUGAGCUGCUGAGGAAGUAUGUGGAUCUCGAGAACAAGUACCAAACGCUCCUUGUGGAAUCGCAGUCCAAGCAGAAGCUGAUUGACUAUUUCCAAAGCGNUAACGAUGAGUACGAUGUGCAAACACUGAUGGAGCAGAAGAAGGUGGAGAUGGAGGGGGAGGGGGAGGGGGAGGAGGAGGAGGAGAGGAAGAGGAGAAGGGGAGGAAUUGCUUGGAAGAUGAACCAUGGAGACAAUGCCAACAAAACUGAAAUGAUGCGAUCGUCCUCUUACCUGCUUCUGCAGGAUUUGGAUGGACCACCCACCACCAGUGAAGCUGGAGAAGCUAUUGUACAAGGUGACCUAGACCCUACUCCUCCACAUCAACUGCAUGCUUCUGCAGAGUCGGUCCAAAGACCAGUCUGCCCGUCUCAGGGUCCUUCUUAACCAGGCUUGUGCAAGGAAUA